GGAAUUAUUUUGGAUUAAAAAAGAAAAGAAAAAAAAACAAAAAGAUGCGUAUAGGCAUAUCUUCUCCGCCACUGCCCCUUCCCUUUUCCUCAUCCACCAUUGCACAAACCCACCACCACAGACGCUCCGCUUCCAUAUUCUCCACCGCCGUCGAGCCGCCGGAGCUCAGCCGACAGCAACCAUGCAGCACUUCACAAGAUACCCACCACAACACGGACCACAGCUCACCUCCCAAACCCAAAACUAUCCGUUUCCGUUUGAGCCACCUAUGCAGAGAAGGCCAGCUGCACCUCGCCCGCCAACUGUUCGACGAAAUUCCGCAACCAACUACUGUUCUAUGGAACACUCUCAUCAUCGGCUACAUUUGCAACAAAAUGCCACACGAAGCUAUAUCCUUGUACUCCCGCUUGUUCUACACCAUCAACUCCUCAGACGAUCGAAGCUGCGAUGCUUACACUUAUUCCUCUGUCCUGAAAGCUUGCGCCGAGACGAAGCAGCUCUCGACGGGUAAAGCUCUGCACGCCCAUAUUUUGCGGUACAAUGUUGAUCCAAGCAGGAUUGUGUACAAUUCUUUGUUGAAUAUGUACACCACUUGUCUUUUGAGCUCGGGGCAUGAUUUGGCGGAGAGGCUUUUUAGGACUAUGCGAAAACGGAAUGUGGUUUCUUGGAACACUAUCAUUUCUUGGUAUGCGAAGACGGGCAGAUUAAUGGAGGCAGUCAGUCAUUUUGUGAUGAUGAUCAAAGCUGGUUUUAGACCAACUGUUGUUAGUUUUAUUAAUAUUUUUCCUGCUGUUGCGGGUUUAGGGGAUGUCGAGAUUGCUAAUGUAGUUUACGGGAUGGUAACAAAACUGGGUCAUGAGUACGUAAAUGAUUUAUUCGUUGUGAGCUCUGCCAUUACCAUGUACGCAGAACUUGGCUGUCUUGAUUCGGCAAGAAAGAUUUUCGACAAUUGUUUGAACAAGAACUCUCAUGUUUGGAAUACUAUGAUCGGAGGUUAUGUUCAGAACAAUUGCUCUGUUUCAGCGCUCGACCUAUUUAACGAGGCAUUGGAAGCAAAAGAUGGUGGUGCAGCUAUAGAUGAUGUGACUUUUCUUUUAGCACUGACUGCAGCUUCGGAUUUACAACAGUUGGAUCUCGCCCGCCAGCUACAUUCGUAUUUAAUCAAGAAUUCUUCCGUUUCUUCUGUUAUUUUGCUCAACGCGCUGAUAGCUUUGUAUUCGAAGUGCAGCUCCAUUGGAGACACGUUCAAAGUUUUCAGUGACAUGCACGAAAGAGAUGUUGUAUCUUGGAAUACGAUGAUAUGUGCUCUAGUACAGAACGGAUUCGAUGAUGAAGGCUUGAUGCUCGUGCACGAGAUGCAAAAGCUAGGGUUUUCGAUCGAUGAUGUCACGAUUACUGCUUUACUCUCCGCAGCAUCGAAUCUCAGAAAUCAAGAACUCGGUAAACAGAUACAUGCUUAUAUGAUCAGGCAUAGCAUUCAGUUCAACGGAAUGGACAGUUAUCUCAUAGAUAUGUACGCGAAAUCAGGUCUAAUGCAAGCUUCAGAAAGAAUCUUUAAUGGGAAUUCCAAAGAAAGCAGAGAUCUCGCUGUAUGGAAUGCAAUGAUUUCUGGGAGCACCCAAAAUGGGUUGAUCGAAGAAUCUCUGAUUAUCUUCCGUCAGAUGCUGGAGGAAAAUAUAACGCCCAAUGCUGUCACUUUAGCUUCGGUUCUACCAGCAUGUAGUCAGUUAGGAAAUCUAGCUCUUGGAAAGCUGAUUCACGGAUUCGCCAUUCGCAAUUCGGUUGAAGAAAAUGUAUUCGUGAGCUCUGCUUUAGUGGACAUGUACUCAAAAUCCGGCGCCAUUCCUUACGCUGAAAGGGUUUUCUCGAAAAAGUCAGUCGAAAAGAAUUCCGUAACUUUCACAAAUAUGAUAUUGGGAUAUGCUCACCAUGGAAUGGGCGAAAAAGCCCUUUUGCUAUUCCACGCCAUGAAGGAAAGUGGUAUUAAACCUGAUGCUAUUACUUUCGUAGCGGUACUUUCUGCUUGUAGUUACACGGGUUUAAUCGAAGAAGGCCUCGAAAUAUUCGAGUCAAUGGAAAGUCAAUACAAGAUACGGCCCACUAUAGAGCAUUACGCUUGUAUAGUGGAUAUGUUGGGGAGAGUUGGGAGAGUGGUUGAAGCGUACGAGUUAGCUCGAAAAUUGGGCGAAGAAGGUAAUGUGUUGGGAAUAUGGGGUUCACUUCUUGGUUCGUGCAAGAUUCAUCGGGAUUUUGAAUUGGGAAAAAUUGUGGCGAAUAAAUUGCUCGAAAUGGAAGGUGGUGAUUAUGGGAAAACGGGAUAUCGUGUACUUCUUUCGAAUAUGUACGCGGAAGAGGGGAACUGGGAGUAUGUGAGGAGUGUGAGGAGAGAAAUGGCGGAGAGGGGGGCGGUGAAGGAGGUUGGAUGUAGUUGGAUCGAUAUCGGCGGUUAUACGAAUUGUUUCGUUUCUAGAGAUAGAAAGCAUCCGAUGUGUGAUGAGAUUUAUGAGGAGUUGAAGGGCUUGUCUGCAAAUUUGAAGGAUGUUGGUUUUGUGCCUCCCUUUGUUGUAUCAAGUGAAUGUUGAGACAUAUACAUUGAUUGGUGGAAAUUAAAAAUGGGAGAGUAUUAUUUUAUGUAACAAAUCUUUAUAUGAAAUAGUUGAUUUUUGCUCCACUUUA